CUCUCCCAGCCCAACACUUUCGUCAUCAUCGCCCCUCAUUCUUCGUAAUCUCCGAAGCCUCCAUUAUAAUUCGAGCAAGAAAGAGAAAUCAUCAACCAAUUUCCAUUCAAUUUUAAUCCUCUCAUUCUCAUUCUCUCUCUUUGAAGUCUGUUGAUUGAGAUGGCCGCUGCUUCGAUUGGAUUCGUGCCGCCGUCGACUCGACCUGAGAUUAGAGUAAGAAAUCUGGCGAGUUUGAGGGUUUUUGGAUCUGGGUUUCUAUCGAAUGCGAGGAAUUCGAAGAGGGUUUGGACUCGGUGCUGCUCUGCUGCUGUUGAGGAUCCCGUUGAAGGCACUUCUUCUUCUUCCUCGAGGAAUCGGCUCCCGAGAGUGGUUGGCAUGGGCUCCAAACUUGCUGGAUGCGGUUCCUCUGUGCCAAAGCUUCAGAUUUCUAACGAUGACCUUGCACAAUUCGUUGAAACUUCAGAUGAAUGGAUUUCUGUUCGCACAGGGAUUCGUAACAGACGGGUGCUUACAGCUAAUACCUUGACAGGAACUGAAAAUUUAAAUGGGUUGGCUGUUCAGGCAGCAAAGGGAGCUCUGGAAAUGGCUGAAGUUGAGGCUGAGAAUGUUGACCUCGUCAUACUGUGCUCAUCCACACCAGAUGAUCUUUUUGGAGGUGCUGCUAUGAUUCAGAAAGAUCUGGGGUGCAAAAGUGCUUGGGCAUUUGAUAUUACAGCUGCAUGCAGUGGGUUUAUAGUGGGGUUAAUCACGGCUACACGCUUCAUCAAAGGUGGUGGUUAUCAAAAUAUUCUAGUCAUUGGAGCUGAUGCUCUAUCACGCUAUGUGGAUUGGACUGAUAGAGGAACAUGCAUUCUCUUUGGUGACGCUGCCGGUGCUGUUCUAGUCCAGGCCUGUGGUGGGGAUGAAGAUGGCUUGCUUGGCUUUGAUUUGAAUAGUGAUGGCACUGGCCAAAGGCACUUGAAUGCCUUAGCCAAAGACGCCGAGCCUGAAGUCAUUUCAAGUACAAAUGGGGCUCCAUUAUUCCCUCCGAGAAAGUCAUCCUAUUCUUGCAUAGAAAUGAAUGGGAAAGAGGUGUUCCGUUUUGCUGUACGCAGCGUGCCAUUGACUAUUCAGGCAUCACUUGAUGAGGCUGGCCUCGCGAGUUCCAGUGUUGACUGGCUUCUGCUCCAUCAGGCCAACCAAAGGAUCAUCGACGCAGUGGCCACUCGUUUAGAGAUUCCACAAGAGAAGGUCCUGUCGAACCUAGCCAACUAUGGAAACACGAGCGCUGCUUCAAUACCUUUGGCCUUAGACGAAGCUGUGAGGGGCGGGAGAGUGAAGAAAGGUGACACCAUUGCCACCGCUGGAUUUGGAGCAGGCCUCACUUGGGGUUCGGCGAUUAUGAGGUGGGGGUGAGGACUCUAAAAACAUCGCCAGGGAUUACAGAAUAAUCGCAGUUGAUAUGGCUUGAAUGCGCCGUUCUUGUUAUUAUAUUGUGUUUUUGUUUUUCUGUUUUUGCCCAUUUUAAUGUUAUGUGUACUUUGGUAAGUUUAUUAUUUGUUUGUUAGUAUUUCUUGACAUUUCUGUCUCUCUCUUGGCAUCUCCUUGUUCAUGUUGGUGGUGUUGUACAUUGCGGCUGAUAGUUAUUUUUUGCUCAUUGUUUUGUGAUCUUGAGGGAUUUAUUAAUCUAGAAUUGUGGUGAAAUGUUUUUGGACUGGAA